AUGCUACGAUACGUGUCGGGACCGAUCCUGGCUAUCAUAUUCAGCUUGGCCUACCCCAGCUUCGAGGAAGUCAAGAACGACCCUCUGUAUAUCCUUGGCUUCAUCGUCGCGCAUCUGUUGCUUGUUUUGCUUGUUUGGUGUAUGAGUGUUUUCGCGUUUCCUAGGUGGUUCAACGUAUUUAUUGUCCCUGAGCGUCGUGACGACUGGAAGCAGCCGUAUGCUCCCAAUGUGCUUCGAGGGACAACUGAGGGCGAGGAUGCGACCAAAGCGGAGACUGGUAUGUCCAGUGGAGAUGCCAGUAUGUCAAAAAAGGGCGUGAAGGUAUGA